GGCAGGAAGUGCGGCGGAGGCGGCUUGGCAAUGCUGAAACAGUUUGAAUGAAUGCGCUGUGUUGUCAAAUUCAGUAAGCAGAGUAACACAGUUAUGGAUGAAGUGAGGAAUGGGGCAGUAUGAAAGGGUUCGUGGACCGGCUUACGUUGGGUAUUACGCGGAUAUUGGAAAGCCGCCCAGGUGUCACAGUCGUGAAGUUUGUGCAGAAGGAGCCAGCAGAGCGCCACGUCAUCUUGUCUUGGGAACUGAGCUGGUGGCGCAGCAAUGUGAGGUGUGGUUUCUGGACUGUGCACUGUACUGGCACUUCCUCACUGAGUCUUCCACUGCCUACUGUCGGCUCAUGGUCACCCACCUGGGGCUGCCUGAGUGACAAUGCUGAUUCACCAAGUAUGGGCCCAGCCCACAGACCAAGCAGUGGUCGUGUCUGUACCAGCCCAUCACUUCCAGCUGUGACUCCCACACUGACCAAGGGGAGCCCUUGCUUAACAAGCUGCAUCCCAACAGAGCCUUCCAGGGCAAAGCCAAGCUGCCCACCCCCAAAAAGAAGAUUGCCAGCCAGUCCACAGGGGCUCAGAGAGGAAGGAACAUGGGGGCCAGCACUGCCAGGAAAUGAGCCCUCAUACCCCCUGAAGAAUUGCCAGAAAGUGACCCCCGCAGCAGAGCUGUGGUCUGCCCUGCAUCCCGCCUUACCUAAAUGAGAGGCUGACUUCCAGAAUGCUGUUUCCUGAAGUGCAGCUUGCCAGAAAGUGACCCCUAUGCAACCCCUUAUUAAAAGGAUUCUUCCAGUGCCUGGGUGCUGCUCCAGCCCUUGCCUGUUUAAGCCCCGGGAUGCAAGGGAAUGUGGCCUUGUCUUUCCAGUUGACCACGUUGCCGUUCCUUUUCCAUUGCUGCAUUAGCGGUUUUGACUUCCUGAGUCUUUGUACAAACUUGUGCCUGCUCACAUGUGAUAUGUAUUUAUUUAUCUAUUUA